AAUCAACUUGGAGCCAAGAGAACGAGAUCGCAGAUAGGAUAACUCAAUUGUACGACGCAGUCAAUAUAAGAUUUGCACAGAGAUUUGCGCAUAAAGUUGGUCUGGAAAUACGAACCUGUGUCAUUGUAAUAAAAAACUAAAAAAAUUGACCAAAAUUUCUGAACACAAUUUUCAAUUUCAACUUUCAAUCUGAAAGUUGAAAUUUUUACGAUAAAAUCAUCACUGUAACACAAUAAUUUUGCAAUGUUUUUAGCCAACUUUGCAUCCAUUUUACUAUUAGCAAGUGCUUUGUUAACGUCCACCACAGCGGUGUCAUUUUCUUCCCAGGAAAACAAAGACAUAGUUGAAAAACUCCUGGAAGAUUAUAAUGGAAAUAUUCGUCCCGAUGGCGAAAAUGGAACCUCGUCCCCAACAAUUGUCGUUAUUAAUAUGUAUGUCAGAUCAAUUUCGGAAUUCGAUGAUGUCAAAAUGUCUUACAAGACCCAAUUAACGUUUCGCACGCAAUGGCUCGACCCUCGACUCAAAUUUGAUUCAACAGAUGAGAGACGUUACGUAACUUUGAUCCCGACCACGACGGGCAACAAAUUGUGGAGACCUGAUCUGUUUUUUUCUAAUGAACUGCAGUUUACAUCUCAUGAUGGAUUGCUGCCAAAUGAAUAUUACAGGGUUUUCCCGAACGGGGAAGUUUUGCACAGCACGAGAAUAUCAGUGAAGUGGUCAUGUCCCAUGACUUUGAGGUUGUACCCUUUCGACCAACAAACGUGCAGCAUGAGAAUGGCAAGUUAUGGCUACACCACGGAUGACAUAAUAUUCAAGUGGAAAGCUAGGGAUCCAAUCCAGGUUACCAGUGAAUUACACCUGCGUGGUUUCUCCCUGGAAAAAUUUACCACGGACUACUGCGACUCGACGACAAAUACGGGAACAUACAGCUGCCUCCGAGUCGACUUUCUCUUCCAGCGAGAUUUCUCCUCUUGGUGUCAUCACCUUUUCCUUCCAAUGAUCAUGUCACUCUUGUUAAUUUGGGUGUCCACCUGGAUAACGCCGUCCUACACGGGGGCCACCCUCGUCCGAGCGCUGCUCCUCGGCGGAAGCAGUCUCUACUGUAAAGUGACCCUCUGGUCGUUCCGUCCAAUGCCGCAAAUUUCAUACACGACCGCGUUGGACGUGUGGGACAUGUGUUGCACGACCUUCAUUCUGCUCGCCAUCGUGGAAUUUGUGGUUGUCCUCGUGCUCCGGAGUGGGGGGAAGGGUGACGACGAUUUUUCUGGGUCACCCGGCAGUCGGAGGAUUGACAUUGUGAUGAGAAUUAUUUACCCGAUCGCGAUUGUGGCGUGUGUCUGCAUUUACUUUGCCACUGUUCCCCCCAAGACGGAGGAUGACGCGGAGGUGGAGAUGGAGGAGGAGGUGCCCGAGAUGGUCGAACAGAACACGGUGAAUACGAUGAAAUUCCAGUUUUAAGUUUUCUCGGGAGUUGUGUAAUAUUUAUUUCGAUAUUAAAUCUCAUAUUAAAGAUUUGUAAGUAUUUGUAGUUCAGAAAUUUAGUUUAGAAUAAAUAAAUGCAAAGUUUGCUUAAUUUAACCAAAAA